UUUAGUCACAACUCGACUUUGGCUCGGUGCGGAACCAUUUUCACUGGCGGUUUUCCGAUCGCGCGCAAGAUUAAAGCGCUCAAAGCAAGCGGCCAAACACAAUCGCGAGUGGCAAAGUGGAAAGCAGGCUGAAAAAUGCUCUGCCCGGGGGAAAAUGCCUCUAAUGCAAAUGGCCAAACGGGUUUCACAGUCAAGGUCGUCGCUUCCGCCCAGCGGCGCUCGAAACCACAACCAACAGCGCGAAUCCCCAACGCCCACCGAUUACCCAGUUUGUGCAUCUGGAUGAUGGCGGCGCUAAUGAUUAUGUCGUCUUCGCUGGACGCCCUGGUCAUUGACAAUGAUGGAAUAGUCGGCAACCAGACUCGGCAUCGUCGCUCGACCUCCGGCGCAGCCAGUUGCAUGCAAGAUGCACGCUUCUACCGCAACCCCAACAGGCCGGUCCACAAGAUCUGGACGAACAGCGAGUGCGCCAAGUAUUUCCUCUGCCUCGACGGCGAGGUGUUCGAAUUCAAGUGCUCCGAGGGACUGCUCUUCGAUGUGGUGCGUCAGAUCUGCGACUUCAAGGCGAAUGUGGACAAUUGCGAUGUGAGCGCGGAGACGCCGGCUCCAAAGCCUCUGCUGGAGAUGGCCGACUGUGCGGAUGAGUACCAGUUGGGCUGCGCCGACGGCACAUGCUUGCCGCAAGAGUACUUCUGCGAUGGUUCGGUGGACUGUCCCGACGGCUCCGACGAAGGCUGGUGCGAUGUGGAGCACGAUCCGAAUGCAGCUGGUGCCUGUGAUCCGCGAAAGUGCCAGUUGCCGCAGUGCUUCUGCUCGAAGGAUGGCACCCAGAUACCCGGCAGUCUUCCGGCACAGAGUGUUCCGCAGAUGAUACUGCUGACCUUCGACGAUGCCAUCAAUCACGAUAACUGGGAGCUGUUCUCCAAGGUUUUGUUCACGCAGCACAGGCGAAACCCCAACGGGUGUCCCAUUAAGGGCACAUUCUAUGUUUCGCAUCCGUUUACCAACUAUCAGUAUGUGCAGAAGCUUUGGAACGAUGGUCACGAGAUCGCAGUGCACUCAGUAACGCAUCGCGGUCCAGAGAUGUGGUGGUCCAAGAAUGCCACAAUUGAGGAUUGGUUCGAUGAGAUGGUUGGCCAGGCCAAUAUCAUCAAUAAGUUUGCAGCGGUUCGCAUGGAGGAGAUCCGUGGGAUGAGAGUACCCUUUUUGCGCGUCGGCUGGAAUCGACAGUUUCUCAUGAUGAAAGAGUUUGGCUUCGUGUACGAUUCGUCCAUGGUUGCGCCGCAUUCGAAUCCUCCUCUGUGGCCCUACACCUUGGACUACAAGAUGCCGCACAGCUGCACGGGCGUGAAUCAGAAUUGCCCGUCUAGGAGUUAUCCGGGCAUUUGGGAGCUGGUGAUGAACCAACUGGAAGUGGGCGAGUAUAUGUGCGGCAUGGUGGAUACUUGUCCACCGCAUUUGAGCGGCGAGGAUGUGUACAGAAUGCUGACGCACAACUUCAAGAGGCACUACCUUAGCAAUAGGGCACCCUUUGGCCUGUACUUCCAUUCCACUUGGUUCAAGAAAGUCGACUAUCUGAAUGCAUUUCUGAAAUUCCUCGACGAUCUGCAAAAGCUGCCGGAUGUGUUCUUCGUGACUAACCAGCAGGCGAUUCAGUGGAUGCGACAUCCCACGCCCAGUAACCAGUUGCAUCAAUUCGAGUCCUGGCACUGCCAGCCAAAGGACUUGGAUCCCCACGAGCAGGUCUGCAACACGCCGAAUGUGUGCAAGGUGCGGAGCCGAGUGCUGCAGGAGGAUCGGUUCUUCUACACUUGCAUGGAUUGUCCUGCCCAGUAUCCCUGGAUUCGCAACGAGUUCGGCUUGGACUAAGGUGAU